UAGUCUGACUGAAACCUACACGAAGAAGAAUCUCUGUCAAAAGUUCUCAGACCUGCGCGUUAGAAAAUAGUACGGACUGUCAGUUGCUAGCCUAUUCUACUUUUAGUACAUUAUCCAUAUAUAUAUAUAUAUAUUAUUUAUGGUAAAUUCUAUGUUAGUCUGUUACCUAGUUGUUAUUUAAUUUUCCCGUUGUUGAUUUGAUAGCAGCUAGCUACAGGAACUAGUUAUAGUUUAGCUACAGGAACUAGUUAUAGCUAACGCUACUGUUGUUCAGUUACACCAGCUCAGAAGAAUAUGCAGCUAUGUUGUCAUUGAUGUUUAUUGCUCUGUUGGGUUUAUUUAGGGUGUCUGUUUCUGGCUUAUAAGCCCCGAGUUCUUUGUAGUUUGUUAGCUAGCUAUUCCAUUGGCUAACGUUAGACAUUUUAACGUGAAGACGUCAACAAGUGCUGUCGUGAUGCACAUCACUGUUGCUGUGUGCAGCCUAUUGCUGGUUGCUCAAGGGCAGAUGGACGACGACGAAUGGCUUGAUCCGCAUGAUAUGUUGAACUACGAUGCAAGCUCAAAGACUAUGAGAAAGCCGGCUCAGCCUGCUGAGCUGAACAAUUACCCUAAUGUACCCACCAAAAGAAGGGAAUACAGCCAGGAUUUGGAUCAAAUGGAAGAAAGGGAGUGCAACAACAAAGUGGAAGGGUUACAAAAAGAGAUUGAAGAGUACAAGAAGAAGAUUACACAGGUUGCACAGCAGCCGUCAAGCAACCCAGUGUUCAAGCGAUUUCUCACCAAGCUUCUGAAGGAGAUUGAAAAAGUUGGCCUGCCCACCGAUCUCAAGAACGAUAUCCACUACGACGCCAAAGUGAAACUGUCUCGGCAAGCGGUGACGGAGAUCCGGAAGCUUCUGGAGGGAAUGGACACCUGGAGAACGGGGGCUCUGGACAAUGCCCUCAGCCAGAUCCUGGUGGAUCUCAAACCACAUGACUACGAGGCCUGGAGAUGGCACUUUGAGGACACCUUUGGUGUGGAGAUCGACACAGUCAUGAAGGUGUCUGUGUUUGUCUUAAUCAUAGUGGUCAUCAUCUGCAGCGAGCUGUGGUCUACAGUCUCCUGGUUUGUCCAGUUCAAGAGAAUCUUUGCCAUCUGCUUCCUCAUCAGUCUGGUCUGGAAUUGGUUCUAUCUCUACAAGAUUGCCUUUGCCGAGCACCAAAACAAAAUGGUGAAGAUGGAGGGCGUCGACGCAAAAUGCACUGGGAGGAAGAAAAUUGACUGGUGGGAUAACUUGAAAGAUUGGUACAGAGGUGCCAUGACUCUCCAAGACGACCCCUGUAAGAUGUACUACGAAGUCCUCAUGGUCAACCCCAUCCUUCUUGUACCACCAACUAAGGCUAUCACUAUGACCAUCACCACCUUCUUCACGGAGCCUCUGAAGCACAUUGGUCAGGGGAUCAGCGAGUUCCUACGAGCCCUCCUCAAGGACCUACCAGUCACCUUGCAGAUCCCUGUGCUCCUCACCAUCGUGCUCUCCAUCCUGGUCUUCAUGUAUGGCAGCGCCCAGGCCGCUAUCCAGCAUGGCAUCACCAGACCGCUGCGUGUCGGUGGGCCCAGGGACCCCUCUCCCCCAGCCUUGGAUCAGCCCAUGCCUGCGGCUCGUCUGAGAGUGACAGACGACAACACAGUGGCAGGGGGGGACGCCCCUCAAUGCCCCCCUCUCCCGCUUAAACGCCGACUAGGACCAGCAGCCAACCAGGGGGCUCAGGACAGGACCUACGUCGGCCAGAGGAGCCCCCCCCACAGGGCGCGAAACGAACCGACCAGGAGGUACGUGGAGACCCUGAGGAACGCCGACGGGCGGUACAGCGAGGACAAGAUUAUCUCAGAGUGUUGGGACGAUUUCACCGAUGCAGAGGAUACCAACCCGCUAACGGUAGAGGGUAAUACCGACAUCCAGGCAGAGAUGCAACAAGAACCAGUUGAAGUUGGAUCCACAACAGAAGGCAAUGACUCGCAAGAAGCUAAACCCUCUCCAGUGAAAGCUAAACCCUCUCCAGUGAAAGCUAAAGCCAAACCAGAUGAGGAGGACGUGGCAUCUGACAGCAUGGCUGAGCACCAGGCUGAGUAUACUGCAGGUCGCCCCAGCCCAGUGCAUGCCACUCCAGCAAGUGGUCUCGGGCACGAGCAACAUGACAAAUUCUUGAAACACAAACCAAAGAGUAAUUUUACACUUCAGACCCACCCUGCUAACGCAGCCAGUGUAGCAGGUUUCAUUGACAACAAUGAGAGCAUGUCAGUCGCUGCUCAUGCUCAGCUUAAGUAGCACAUCCAGUGUAGCAGGUCUGUUAGGCCAACACAUAGGCUUCAUUCUAAGCGGUAUGCUAAUGGAUAUUGGAAACUGUUUCUGGGUACAGUCAGUAAGCCCCCUGUCCUUGUAUGUUUAAAUGCCAACCACAGCAUUUUACAUGGGAUGAUUCAGAUUCUACAUAAAUUGGUAAAUAGUACCUUCUCUUAAAUCAGCUGAUUCAGUGUUUUUAAAUUUGUUAUCCCAAUUUUGUUUUUGCUGUCUCUUUCACGUGUUUUUCUUACCACCAUUGUGCUUUUGUUUGUGUGCCUGGUCAAUGUGCAUGUACUGUCAACACGUGAAUAACACCCAUGUUUAUGAAUGA